GCAGCCCUACUUAGGUCAUCAGAGCACAGCCACAUCAUGGUUCCGCUUCAGCCACAUAUAGCGAAGGCCUCUGUGGCUGAGCUAGAUAGCUUGACGCGCUUCCGUCUCAAUCUUGGAAUGCAGAUUAGCAUCCUCCAGUCAUUCUACCAUCUUACAAUCGAAUCCCUUUCGGUCGGCGCACCGCUUCAAGGCGCUCUCUGUCUCCUUUCCGAACUCCAUCUGCUUCAAGUGGCAGCCUUCAAGACGCUCGAUACCCCCGCAAAGCGAACGUCCCCCAGCGGCGGUCAAGUUUCAUCAUCAAGAUGGCUCCGACCUACGGAUACGCACCCCCUCCUCCGCCGCCGUCGGCUUCAACCCAACCAUAUCCUUCGCAGUCUAACUCGGGACGGGGUGGCGGACCUAGUGGUCGCGGCCGAGGUGGCCAUCACACCAAUGGACACAACGCGCAGGCAGCACCGCCGGUACACUACGAGUAUGCUGCUACGCAUCAGCCGUAUGCCGGGCAACAACCUCAAGCGUACGGCGGCCCUCAACAGCCUCACCAUCCCAGUUAUCCGCAGGGCCAACCUCAUUGGCCUCAAAGCGCAUCUCAUGCGCCAGCUCCCAUGUCUGCUAAUACUUUCCAUCCCACGUAUGCUUCGCAGCCUUAUCCUGCAGCCCCUCAUUACCCUCAUGAGCCUUCCUAUGGAGCGCAACAACACUAUGCCCAGCCGUAUCAAGCACCUCACGCGGCACCUCAGUGGAGUAGUCAAGGACCUCCCAUUCCGCCCACAUAUGGUGCAGGAAGGGGCCGUGGCGGCUUCAAUGACCGCGGGGCCGCUAAGGUCGGCACUCGUGGUGGUUUCGAGCAUGAUCAGCAUCAGCAGCAGCCAUCGUACCCGCCGUCAUACUCCCAUGACCCGCGGGCAAGCUAUCCUCCCCCGCAGUAUGGCUAUGCAGCACCGCCACCGCCGCCGCCGCCGCAGGCCUCGUACUACGAUGGACAUCAAGGGGGUUCCUUUGGUCGGGGCCGAGGCGGCGGUCACCGGGGUGGCAACAGGGGACGCGGUGGUGGCCAUCGUGGUGGGAGACCCGACCAGAAAAGUCGCGGAAAUGACCAUAAGCCCCAUCCACAGCACGACAAGACCAACGACCACCAUAACGCUGGAAGAAAGAAGAAGCGCAAAACGAACACCCUAGGCCUGACGCCAGGCAUGGAGUCCGAAUCGGAAGACGACGAGGGCGAAGAGGCCGCACUGGAGAAGCUGCUUGGGCAAGAGAGAUACCAAGUGGACGAUGUUGCCGAGUUCUUGGCAGAACGCAAGAAGAACUUCCCAACAAGGGCUCGAGCAGAAGCGAGGAAGAAUGCCGAGUUGGCAUCCAAGACGGAGGACGAGGAGUCAGCGCUCCACAAGAAGCGCGACAAGCUUCGGCGACAGCUCGCCAAGGUAGAAUCCUCCAUCAAGCGCAAGCGUGAUCUUGGCGAUGAGGGCGACGAGAUGCGCGACCUUUCCUUGAACGAUUCGGAGGAGGACGAGAAGCCCGAGAGCAUGACUUCGAAGCCGUCGGCAGCCAGUGCACCGCCACCAGCAAAGAAAGCCGACGUGACGCGGCACUGCAAGUAUUUCUCUACAGGCGGUUCGUGCGGGAAGAAGAGCAAGUGCCGCUUCGUCCACGAUCCUGCCGUGCGCGAGGCUGCGAUCAAAGAGCGCGAUGCGAACAAUGGUCGCCUCACGAUUCAGCAACGUCUCGUUCUGAACGAUCAGGAGCAGGAAGACCUGGCCAUCCUGCAAUCGAUCCAGUAUCUCCGCGAAAAGGGUGUUAUGAAAAAGGAGAACCUGCCGGUGCCAAAGGAGUUUGAGAAGAGGCAGACGCCCGCGCCGCCAGUGGCCGCACCACUGUCUGCUCCUCAGAAAACCAGUCUCCUGCCCGCUGCGUCCGCCUCGCUGCCUCCACCGCCCCCUAAGAGGGAGCCGGUGGGUAGACGCGACAGCAAGAAUCAUCCCAAGCCCCCUGCCUCCGUGCCCAAACCUGUCGUCGUCGACGCGCAAGCUACCAAUGCACAGAAUAGUUCCGCGUGGCUGAAUACGCCCUACAGCGCCAAUGGCACGCAGCCGGACGAUCUGCCGUAGUAGCGGCGGGUACGAGACCGGGUUGAACGCAUUGUGUCUUAUUCCUAUACGUGGGUCGAUUGUGUUUGAGCCAUGUUCACGAGCGUGGCGUUUUAUGGCAAUAUCAUCUUUGUUGGUCGGACUGGCGGAUAUCUGUAGGGGUGUGACGUACAGUAACAUGGUGGGAAGCUGGAAGUGAACAAUGUUGUAAUUGAACUUAAACAUUGAAUAAGCAUUGAGGUUCUAUACUGGAGUAAUCGAUUGCACGGACUG